ACAAUGGUUGAAGAAUAAUACUACAGUAGAUCCUGGAAUAGUAGACCUGCCUCCGAUGAACUCGUUUGAUUCAAUGAUUGAAUAUAUAAGGAUGGCAAAUGUUGAAUCCUACAAUAAACGUCAUGUGACUUGUUAUAAGUCUUCAGAGAUAUCAUUCCUAGACUCAGUCAGGAUUCUUGUUAAUCAAAAAUGUAUUCCUAGAAACCAGGCAAUAUUCCUCAAUAUAUCCAGGAGUAAAGCUUUAUCAGAUCUGAAGGCUUACUUAGGGAACUUCAAGAGAUAUACUAAAAAGCCAGUUCAACUGUUCCUCGGUUCCUGUUUGUUCGAAGGACGUGCAUCUGUGUUCCGGAGAAAGUUCGAAGGUGUUCAGUACGAACUCAUGGUUAUGAUAACGAGUUUCAAGUUUACCAAGAGCUAUGCUGGAACGGAUCCUAUUCAUCAGGUUCAACUUCCAGAUGUAUUUACACAGGCUGAGAUUAGUUGGGUUGAACGGCCAAGCACUGGCCGGCAUUGUAUGGUGGACGAUAAUCUUAUUCAAGAGUAUCCAGUCAACAAACAAGGAAAACGGGAGUUCUCUUUAAAACAAAGUUCUGAACUGACUCGUUUAAUGGAGCUGGUAGGUGGCAGAACAGCUUGUUACAGGUGGAAAAUUCUAAACCGAUACAAACCCUAUUCAUUCCGUCCGGAGACAACAGUUAUCAAGAACAAUAUCAAUAAAACCGGGAGAGGACGGAAAAGAAAGCGGAAGAAAGAGUUUGAAGAUCGUAUUGCAGCGCACAAUCAGAAAUCAUACAUCACAGAUCCAGCGUUUCAGAUUUCAGAGGUUCAGACCCAAACCAGAGAAGAAAUCUACCAAACUAGAGAAGUUAUCUACCAAACUGGGGACGUGGUCUACCAAACAGGGGACGUAGUCUAUCAAACAGGAGAUGUAGUCUACCAAACAGGAGAUGUUGUGUCUAUACCGGCGGUUGAGGGUGGGGGAGAUGUACUGAGCGAGGCUGUUGGAGUGCUCAAUGAGGGAUCUAGUGUUGGACCUGUUGAAGGAGAAGAUGAGGAUUCUGAUGAAGAGGAACAGGAACUAGGGUUUGACGAGGUUCUCCAUGAUGGAUUAGUUUACUUUGACUCCUGUUACAAGACAGCUCAAGCUGUGACGUACAAUAAGAAAGAUGAAUCUGGGAUACUCAUGGUCAGGAGUACAACACAGCUUCUGCACGCUUUCAUAGGUGGAUCGACAAGUGUUAAUGCCGGGUGGUCACCCCGUCCUGUUGAGAUAGAGAUUUAUGAACCUAAACUAACCAAUGCAUUCCUAGUCAUAACUUCCUUCCAGAUACCAAACAUUGUACACAGGCAGAGAAGGACACCAAAGCUUUGCCUUGGACCUGUAGCUCUCUCUACAUCUAACUCAGAACAUAAUGUAGCGCUACUUGGUGAGCACAUGAAGUACAAUAACGACAACGUAACCAGAAUUAGUGCUGUAGCAGCAUGCAAUGAUGAAACUUUUCAUGCUUUCAGGUCUGGUUUAAAGGCAUUUAACUGUGUGUACACCUACGACGAGAACUCUAUUUUGAACUCCGCCACUAAUCGGGUCAAGUCCUUGAAGAACGGGUUGAAGGAGCUCGAGAUUGCGCUCUCCUCUGAGAUCGGAGCUCUCCGUGUCUCCUGGGAGGUUUACAUGAACAAGAUCGUAUCCUUGAAGCAGGACGCGGACCUAGCCGACCUUUUCCUGGCAUUGGAUGACAUGGAAGAAUGGGUGUUAACGGACCCUGAAGGUAUUCGUCUGUUCCGACUAAAUCCACUAGAGAAAUCACAACUAGAUGAAGAUGAGUUAAGAAGAUAUGAAACCGAGUUCUUUGAAUGGUUGGGAGCAGGAGUAUACCCUGAUAUACCAUGGAAGGAGUAUGUUAUAAAGAAGGUUUCGGAAGACCCCAGUUUCGAAAGGAAAAGCAUAACUGAGGACGAUUUCCUUCGAUGGAACCAGGAUCAGAGCUUCGAUAAUCAAUACUUUGGGAACGUGAUCCUUCAAGAAGGAACCCUAGUGAAGAGCAAACACAAGACGCACGCACGGAAGAAAAGGAAGAAGGCUGUUUAUCUUGAACCUGGAGAGUUGGAUACUGGGGUUGGUCAGGAGGUAGAGGAGGUCAGGGAGGAGGUCGUCUUCGAAUACCAGGUUCCUGUAGAGGAGGAGAACCCAGACCAGAACUCUUUCAGUGCCUUCAACCAGGUGGUGGUGGACGGAACCUUCAUGAUCUAGCAGAUGUAAUUCUUCGAACCUUAUAUUAAGAAAUGAGUUUGCUUUCUCUUGCACGGAAUGUACUCAGAGGUUCCCUAAAUCCAGAAAAGCUGUGAAGGAAUAAAUUUUAGGGUUGAAGUAAAUCCGUAAAUACAUGCAGUUAUAUAAUUUGAUAUGAAAAGUUCUUUGGUGGGUUUUAUUUCGAUUUAGAGAGUUUUCGCGAAAAAAAUUAAGUGGGUUAAGGUGAAUAUCUUAUUACAUAAAAAAAGAUUGGCAAGUCUUAAAAUAUCUAAAGAUUAUAGAUUCUAAAAAUUGACAGCAGUAUUUGUUAAAUAAUUUUAGGCGAAGUUUAAUCUAGACUU